AUGGCUCGUUCCACCAAACUACCUACCACCCCGCCGCCGCCUCACGAGUCUACUUCGAUCGGAGGGAUCGAGUCGAAGGAGACUAGGGUCAUCGAUCUCACUAUGUCCUCGGAUGAGGAGCAGGGCCCUGCCAAGCGAAUCAUGCUGGCCAAGGAUGGUCCUGCCAAGAAACCCAUUCUUCGUGCACCCGUUAAAGGCGAAGCUGCUACUGCUACUCCUGCUGAUAUCGCCCAUGCUGUUGAGUAUCGUGUUGAUACUCCGCCUGCGACGAGCCCCCCUGUCGGCUCCCACGAGGCUCCAUUUGUUCUUCCUGAUGAGGCUCCGGCCUCCGCUUCCUGUGCUUCCUCUCCUACUGACUCUGCUCUUUCUCGUUCUCCUGCCCGUUGCGGUUGGGACAAAUCCUACACGGCUGACCUUGACGUGUUUGCGCCCGGCGAACCAGAUAUCGAAUACUGGGAUGGCUUGGGCACCUAUACGGACGUCCAUUGGUUCGUGGAGUACAUCGAGACUGUGAUGGACUACAUCCCUCCCGCCGAUAUCCAACGAAAUUUGCAAAAUUGUCUCCGCCGCGAAGCUCGCACCUGGUACGACAACGAGCUGACCGAUAAGGAGCGCUCGGAUCUACGCCACCUUCAUGUCCAAGAAAGUGACGGUUGGUUCGAUAUGCUGACCGCCAGAUUCCACGGGGAGAUAAAUCACGAUCUCGAAAUGAUGAAAUUCCGCGCCCGGACUUUUACCUGGGAUGACGUUCGGCACGACUCCCCCAUCGAGUACUUCCUUCAAAACAUGUAUCGCUAUGCUCGGUUCUGUUUCGAUGAGCACUGGGAGAAGUUGCAUGCCAUCUGGGAGCAGAUUGACCCAACUAUGAGAAAGGAUAUCCCUGAGCCAAAUGAGCUGAGCAGAUUUCAGCCUUUCUUGACGCUCUGUGAGAAGGCCGAGGCUAAGUGGCGUUACAUGGUUUGA